AUGACUUUGAAUAGUGACAAUCGACAGUUUGUUCUGAUUCUUCAUGGCUUCGAUGAAACUGAGAAUUGGACAACUUGGACAAAAAUGACCGAACCGUUGUACAAUCGAGGUUUAUAUUCAGUGAUUCUUGUUGAUUUACCAGGUUUCGGUCGAUCGAGUGGCCGUGAUUUAAACCAAGCGAGCUGGAAACGACAUGCACCAGAGAUUGUCGUUGCUAUUCUUUCGAGUUUUCACAUUAGAAAACCUGUCAAUGUAAUUGCUACGUGCGGAGGAUCAGCUACUACAGUACGCACUAUCAAUCGAUAUCCUUUAUGGUUUCGUGAUCGCAAUCUCGUUUUCACAAACUCUGUAAUAGGUGACUUUGGCGAAUCAAAAGUCGGGGACUUUGAAAACAUUUUAACACAAUUCAACAUUCAUAUCGUCGUCCAUUGGUUUCCUGAUCAGGAUCAUACUCAUCAUUGUGUGGCAUACAAACGAUGGAAUAAAUUACGUCAAUCAGGCUUUCGUCAUUUACAACUGAUCGAUUUUGAUUCUGUGAAGCAAACGUCACAGCGUGUCUAUCCUGAAGUAAAAGUCUCCAAUAUUGGUCGUUGUGCAUCAAAAGAUAAGGCAACAGUGUACCAGCUCAGUGACGAGUACAUCCAACAGAUUAUUAAUACAUUGUCACAAAGCUGA